CGGUUUUAUCGAUCAAACAUUCCGGUUCAUUGCGUUACAUAAUAGGGACAUGAAUUGUUAGAACAUUUGAUAUUUUUCGGUGGUUUGUUAUUAUGUAUAUUUGAAUGGUGAACCAAAUGGAAAAUGCCGUUUCUUUUUGUUUCAUUUUAUUAAUAUUAGUGAUGUGCGUUUUAGUUCAUUGAGUUCAACUACCGACAAAUGAACAGGCAAUUUUUAGUGGGGGACUGGUGAGCAUUUGAAGCUACAUAGAAGGGGUUACUCAAGGUGUAACAUAUACAGUAUAUUCUGGACAUAAUCUAUAAAACAUAUAAAUUUUGUGUGUAUGUAACAAGCGAAAAAAAAGUGAAAUAAAAAAAAAACCGAACGAAAAUUCAUUGUCAACGAUUGCACGGCAUUAAUAAGUUGCAUGUUGUUCCGUUCGGAGUAAUUUGUUAGACGUUUUGUACCGUUGUGCGGUGUUUAAAAAGAAUUUUCAAGUUAACAAUGCCUUCUUCGUGGCUGAAACGACGUUUUAAUUAUAUUAAACGACUAAGUGGUUUCGUGUCCGGAUCCGCUAAAAGUGUAGACGAAAGUGGUGCUAGUUUGGGUAAGAAUAUAAAAAACGAUCUGAACGCGGGCAAUCGUUGGGCUAAGGAUGAAAAAAAUGCCUAUCGCGAUUACAGCAAAAAUAGGGAUCAGAGUUUAGUUCAACGGAAUAUUUUAGAUUCGAAAAAGUUCAUCGAUGAAGAGAAAAAGUGCAAUGUAAAUGUACCGCAUGGGGCACAGAGUGAUAAUGGAUCGGAGGAAUUCCCUGGUCAAGACCAUAAUGAUGGAAGACGAAUACAUGGUGCCAUGGUGUCGAAGGUGAAUGCAGAUACGAGAUCGGUUACAGUGGAAUGGUAUGAACAUGGAGAAACAAAGGGGAAAGAAGUAGAAUUAGAUGCCAUUUUAGAAUUAAAUAAUGAGGUCGAAGCUGCAGCAUCGUCGCCGAAAAUUGUGCGGCAAAUCAGUGGAAAUCCAUUGUCUCGGGAAGCAUCACAUUCUUCACUAGAAGACGACAGCUAUUAUGAUGAGGAGGAUGAUGAUGGCAUUGAGCACACGUCCAGCGGAAGUGUCGGUCAAACGUCUGGCGGUACAUUGCCGAUCAGACAAACUACUACAACACGAUCGAAUCCGACUCAAGGCUGCAUUCGAGUGAAUCUCCUAAAUAACAAUGUUGCCACUAACGGCCAUCGAACAACCCGAGCAGCGACCUACGCUAGCCAGAAUAAUCAGGAAACAACAGAAAAUAUUCCUCCAGCUCCAGCUGCACGAUCACGCCUGGUUCAGCCGUCAAGAAUGUCUAGUUCAAAUAUCCCACAAAUGCAUGCCCAACAAGUGUCUCAACAAACAACCCAACCGACGUCCCAACAAGGUAGUCAACCUCGCCGAUCGUAUGCCGUUAAAGAGGUGGAAAAAUUGAAAGAAAAUCGCGAAAAACGACGAGCCCGGCAAGCCGAAAUGAAAGAGGAGAAAAAUGCAUUGAUGAAUCUGGAUCCGGGCAAUCCGAAUUGGGAAUUGGCUAAAAUGAUUAGAGAUUAUACGAGUCAAAUUGAUUUUCGACCGUUGACUGAUGGCCAACCAAUUGAUGAUCAUCAAAUUACAGUUUGUGUGCGCAAACGGCCGGUCAGUCGAAAGGAGAUGAUGAAAAAGGAACUGGAUGUGAUAUCGGUGCCUACCAAAGAUCAGUUACUUGUACACGAACCGAAAACGAAAGUUGAUCUAACGAAGUAUUUGGAAAAUCACAAAUUCCGUUUCGAUUACGCUUUCAGCGAAGCACAUGACAAUGAAAUGGUUUAUAAAUAUACGGCGAAACCGCUGGUGAAAACCAUUUUUGAGGGUGGCAUGGCCACCUGUUUUGCUUACGGUCAAACCGGAUCUGGUAAAACUCAUACAAUGGGUGGUCAAUUCAACGGAAAAGUUCAGGACUCCAAAAAUGGCAUAUACGCAAUGGCAGCAAAGGAUGUGUUUACUCAAUUGCGGGGCCCUAAGUAUCGACACUUAAAUUUAGUUACAUCUUGCAGUUUCUUUGAGAUUUACAGUGGAAAGGUCUUCGAUUUACUCGCUGAUAAACAAAAACUUCGCGUCAUGGAGGAUGGUAAGCAGCAAGUGCAAGUGGUUGGGCUCACCGAAAAGGUUGUUGACAACGUUGAUGAAGUCUUGAAAAUAAUCAAUCACGGCAACAGCACUCGAACUUCUGGCCAGACAUCAGCCAACUCAAAUUCGUCUCGAUCUCAUGCAAUCUUUCAAAUUGUACUUCGACCGCCCGGCGCAUCACGAAUUCACGGCAAAUUUUCGUUCAUCGAUCUGGCCGGCAACGAACGCGGUGCCGACACACAGUCCGCAAAUCGACAGGUUCGGAUGGAGGGCGCUGAAAUCAACAAAUCCCUGUUGGCCUUGAAGGAGUGCAUUCGAGCGCUCGGCAAACAAAGCGUACAUCUUCCAUUCCGUGUGAGCAAACUGACGCAGGUGUUGCGUGACUCAUUCAUCGGCGAAAAGAGCAAGACAUGCAUGAUUGCUAUGAUUUCGCCGGGACUCAGUUCGUGCGAGCACACCCUAAAUACACUACGGUAUGCGAAUCGGGUCAAAGAAUUGGAUCCAGAGAAACGCCAGCAAGAUGAUGUGGAACAGAUGGAAAGUGAUGAUAAAAAUGGCGACAACGAAAAUGAUUUGGUUCACUUGCGGUCGUUGAAUGAAAAUGAUAUGUCUGACGAAAUGUUCAAUCAACAUGCUGCUAUAUCCGACUUACAACAAGCCGAAGAGUUAGCAGUCGAUCAGCACAAGUUGGUCAUUGAAUUUUUAACAGAAUUUCUACCAGAAACACGAAAACUCUACGCAAUGACAAACUAUGUGGAGUAUGAUCAAGAUGCGUAUUGCAAAAAUGGCAUCAUGUUAUUCAAUCAACUUAUCUCAACGGCCGAAGCUUGUCGAGAUCUACUUGGGGACUUUCAAACGAAACUUGCCAACGAAGAAAUGCUUUCGCAUAAAGUGAAAACGAAUCCCGACAAACGUUAGCUUAUCGAAUCACUGGAUGUAAAAUCAAAUAUUGCCACUACAACAACAUUACUUUAAAAACAAAAAACCAACACACCACAAAAACCACUACUAUUAAUAUUAUCCUAUUGUCUAAUUUACGUUUCAAAAUUUAUGAGUGACGAAUUGUUAUAAAUAAUAUCGAGAUCUAUCGAAGAGCGGCCGCCGGAGACGACAGUGGUCGAUAGAUAUGAUUGUGUGUAGAAAAAAAAACGGGAUCAAUGGGAUUUGCUUGCAAAUUUUAUAGAAUGAGAUUCUGCGGACACAAAAGGAACAAACAAAUCAAUGUGUAGUCAUAGAAAACAAAACAAACAAAAAAAAAAUCAACGAGAAACAGCAAGAUCUAAUUGUCUUUCAUUUGUUUUUCUGUUGACGUGCUUAGUUUGCCUUGUGUGGUUUAAAUUAUGUUUCAAAUAACAAUGAUAAAAACGAUUUUUUAAAUAAAUUAUAAACUCAAGAUCUUUGAACAAAAACAAAAUCAAUUUUCUCAUUUUGGUUUUGUUUACGCCGUCGCUGAGAUGGCAUAAUUUUAUCUUAUAGCGAAGCAAGAAGGAAAAUUAAAAGUUUAAACAAAAAUCAUUUGAAACACUAAAACAACCAACCAACCGUCAAUGAAGUAAGAAAAGACAUCAGAGAAAACAAACAACAACCACCACUGUACUAUACUAACUAAUAAUUCAAAUAUAAAUUAAAAAAAAAAUAAUUUAGUAAGAGAGAGAGAGAGAAAAGAGAGAGAAGAGAGAAAAUCAUUUUUUUGAAUAAAAUUUAAAGAGAGAAAAAAAAACAUCAUAAAAAAUACGUUGCGUUGAAAUGGAACAAAGAACAACCAUCAGACAUCCAUUUUUUUCUUUGUAUCGUCGCACUCAUCUAACAUUUCGUAUUAAUUGUCGCCUUAAAUGAAGAAUUAAUUUUGAAAAUUAAAAUUAAUAGAAAAGCAA